AUGCCCGACAGUUCGGACCAACUGUCGUCGCCGAACAGCGAGUGCAACAGUCAAAUGGGCGGUAUUCACCGAAACGCGUCCACCGGGCAAUUCAACGAUACCUCCAUGUCGGGACUCGCUUUGACGCAUCACUCUCACUCGCAAAAUCUGACGCCAGCGUCGAACGGCAGCCCGCAGUACCCGCAAGAGUUGACCACUUGCAGCUCUGCGAACGCCUCGUCGAAUGUCGGGAACAUCGGUGGACUUGCUCUGGGUAACACGGGCAGUAACUUUACGCCCGAACAGAUAUCUUGCAUGUGCGAGGCGUUGCUGCAGAGUCAGGAUAUCGAGAAGCUGACGAGGUUUCUGUGGUCGUUGCCGCCUGGUGAAUUGCUACGCGGAGGCGAGAGCGUCCUAACGGCGAGGGCGACGAUCGCCUUCCACCGGGGCGCUUAUCACGAGCUCUACUCGAUCCUCGAGAGCCACCCGUUCUCGCCCCGUCGGCAUUCGGACCUUCAGCAGAUGUGGUUCAAGUCGCACUACCGCGAGGCGGAGAAAAUCCGCGGUCGGCCGCUCGGUGCCGUGGACAAGUAUCGGCUGCGGAAAAAGUACCCGUUGCCGAAGACGAUCUGGGACGGCGAGGAGGUGGUCUACUGCUUCAAGGAGCGGUCGAGGAACGCGCUCAAGGAGUGCUACAUGAAGAACAAGUAUCCAGCCUCGGACGAGAAGAAGAAUUUGGCGAAGAAGACCGGGUUGACGCUGACCCAGGUGUCCAAUUGGUUCAAGAAUCGCCGACAGAGAGAUCGGACGCCGCAAACGAGAACGGAUAUGUUGCCUCUGAAUUGCCAAAACACCGGCAGCAACAUGAUCGGCGGCACGGUGAGCAACGGAGGAAGCAUUCAAUCGCUGCAGAGCAUCGAUUCCGACGGCUCCAAUCUGGCCAUGUCGCCCCUUUCGACCAUGGGCAUGUCACCCGUGGCCGUGAACCCGUGCAGCCCGAUGGGCAUAGGCCCCAUGGCCCCCCGUCACCCGGGAUACGCGGCACCGGUCGCUCCGUGCUCCCACAACGGCGGCCUCAGUCCCAUGAACGACGUGAAGGCGCUCUGCUACGGCCGCGGUGUCUACGAAACCGGUAAAGACACGGAGCAGAGCUCCGUCUACUAUUCCAGCCAUUCGAGCAUGCACCAUCAGUAUUACCAGCAGACGCAUCAUCAGAUGAUGUCCACUACCCACCACUACCAACACCAUCAGCAAACCAUGCCGACCGGGUAUGAGAUCGCGCUACCGCCACCUCAACACUCCACGUGA